GUCCUCAAUACUACAGCCGUGGGAGUGUCCCUUAAAUUACUGUACAUAGGUGGCUCAGGUUCUAGGUUUAAUUUGAACAUGUCAUCCUAAUAACGACAUCCUAAAGUAAUGUGACAAAUCUCAGAAUAAAAAGUCUAGUUUUCUCACUUCAAACAGGCAGCAGUCCACCUGCCACUCAGCUGGAACCUCUGGAUGUGUAUUGGCCUGUGGUCGAUAAGGGGCAGGGAGGCCCCGCCCUCAUCCAGAUGUGCGCCUCUCUCCCAGUCUCAGUCCACUGCUGGCUUCAGCAGAGUGCGGAGCCUCGGGAAGUCAACAGGAGGGUACGGAUAGUAACACUUCUACUGUAAGCAACGAGGAUCUGAUUCCCUUUAGCUGUGGUCUGCACCCGCCAGAGCUGUACUCAGCCUAACCAGUUGUGACUUUGAGCCCAUGAGACCUGAGCGGUGCGUCGGAAUUUGCCCCCUUUUUUAAAGAAAUGAUUUGUUUGUUCAGUUUUACCUGGCCAGCCUCAGACCUAGAGCUGAUGGAGAGAGGCAGGGCUGAGUGCGAUGCCAGCCCGGAGCGCUGUUGAGCAGAGACCCCCAUUCAGCGCAGAGCAGACUCUACUGACAGGGAGCGGUCUGCCUUCACGCACGACCUGUGUGAAUCCUCAGUCCGGUUUUUACAAGUGAUUCUGGGGGUUCUCUUUACAAGCAACAAUCCGUGGAAAAAGAAAACAAAACCAUUCAGGAUUUUUUGUUUGUUUGUUUUUUGGCGACGGAAUGGGGAUGUAAACGGUUUCCACAUGCACUUGGAAGUGGCGUGAGGUUGCCUCCAGAUUGAGAAGAGCAAACUGCAGGGGCGUGUAGUUAAUUGAAAUCGAUCCGGUGGUCUCUUUUUGAAUGUGACGCAGCAGCAGAGGUUCUUUCUCCUUUCCUCUCCUCUCCUCCUCCUCCCCCUUUCUCUCACCUCCAACCAUGACUUCACUGUCGGGGACCAAGGAGAGGUCUGUGAGCAGCCGGAGCAGAAAAUAUGGGAUGCCUGACACUUCACCGACCAAAUCUGCCUCCUUCUUCCCCGACACAUGGUACCGAAAGGCCUAUGAGGAAACCACCCGCUCAGGCACACGCCCCACCCCUGAGGGUGCUGGCUCCAUGCCAAGCUCCACAGGCACCCCGUCCCCAGGCUCAGGAAUCUCUUCACCAGGGUCCUUCUCUGGAUCACCGGGGACCAUCUCUCCAGGGAUUGGGACAGGAUCACCUGGUUCUCUUGGUGGCUCCCCAGGUUUUGGUACUGGAUCGCCGGCCUCGGGCAGUGGAAGUUCACCUGGCAGUGAAAGAGGGAUAUGGUGUGAGAACUGCAAUGCCAGGCUGACAGAGCUCAAAAGACAAGCACUGAAACUGCUCAUCCCUGGACCUUACUCCAGCAAGGAUCCCUCCUUCUCUCUCCUCCUCCAUGAUAAGCUUCAGGUGCCUAACAGUUCCCGGCGGGCGUGGAAUGAGCGUGACAGCCGUUGUGAUGUCUGUGCCACUCACCUCACUCAGCUCAAACAGGAAGCUGUGCGCAUGGUCCUCACUCUUGACCAGUGGGAUUUGUCUCCCACCUCUUCCCCCUCUGCUCUAAUUGGACGAUAUGGAUCUCAAGGACCUCCGGGUCCAUUAGGAGCAUCUGGUCCCGGAUCAAGGGAAUGGCCUCCUCCUUUUCUCCCUUCCUCCGCCUCCUCCUCAGCUGCCGCUGCCACUUCACAUCCUCCUCACCAGUCGUCCCAGUCGCCCUCUCCAAGCCCAAGCCAGACCCCAACCCCCAGCCCAAGCCACGGACCAUCCAACUCCAGCCAUGGGAGCCCCUCAGUGGGGCAAACGUCCAGCUGUGCUCCAGCAAACCCACAAUCUCAAGGUCCAGGGCACAGACUGGGGUCUAAGCCCAGCUCUCUGGGGCUUGGAGGUGGGGUGGACAGAAGGAACGGGUCCCCCAGUUCAGGAAAAGUAGCUGGUGCCCAACAGCAGUCUGUGACUGGAGUAAACAGCCCCAGCAAUAAUGGUGGUAACAGCAGUAAUAAUGGGAGUGGAGCAGUACUGAGUACAGCAGCGCUGCAGGCCCAUCAGCACAUGAACCGAACUAAUGGAGGCGUCACACUCUAUCCGUACCAGAUCUCCCAGAUGAUCUCUGAGGCCUCCAGGGAAGAACUGUCUGAAGCUGCUCUCAACCGCUACAACACACACUCUCCUUCACACACAAAUUCACCAUCACAUACAAACUCGCCCUCUCACGCCCCAGCUGUAACCGCCACGGCACCGACCGCCACCUCCGCCGCUGCCUCUUUCUUUGCCAGAGCUGCACAAAAGUUGAACUUGGCGUCCAAGAAGAAGAAGCAGAAGACCGCCGCAGUCACAGCCCCAGUGACAUCAUCAUCAUCACCGUCAUGCGACCCCCCUCUGUUUCCCACCAAUUUCAGCUCUGCCCUGUUGAUGGCUCCUCCCCCUGCUCCACCCUGCCUUCUCCGCGCAGCCAAUAAGAUAAAAGAUACACCUGGGCUUGGAAAGGUGAAAGUGAUGGUGCGCGUGUGCCCAGUGUCUCAGUCGGAUGCAGCUGAGUCCAGCUCCUUCCUUAAAGUGGAUCCCAGGAAGAAGCAAAUCACCAUCAUGGACCCCUCAGCCAAUCAAACACCAAGCACUGCUUCCCAGAAAAGGGCAGCAGCCAAUCAGGUCCCUCCAAAGAUGUUCACGUUUGAUGCUGCGUUCCCUCCUGAUGCAUCACAGGCGGAGGUGUGUGCGGGAACGGUUGCCGAGGUGAUUCAGUCGGUGGUGAAUGGAGCAGAUGGCUGUGUCUUCUGCUUUGGACACUCCAAGCUGGGUAAAUCCUACACAAUGAUUGGCAGCGAUGACUCUCUUCAGACUCUGGGUAUAAUCCCCUGUGCUAUCUCCUGGUUGUUUAAACUCAUCAAUGAGAGAAAGGAGAAAACAGGAGCACGCUUCUCAGUUCGUGUCUCUGCAGUCGAGGUUUGGGGGAAGGAGGAGAACCUUAAGGACUUGCUGUCUGAAGUGGCUACAGGCAGCUUACAGGAUGGACAGUCACCUGGAGUGUAUCUAUGUGAGGACCCCAUCUGUGGCAUGCAGCUCCAGAACCAAUCUGAACUGCGCGCUCCAACCCCAGAGAAGGCAGCCUGGUUUCUGGAUGCUGCCAUAGCAGCUCGCCACAGCAGCCAGCGCCCCAACACCACCGAAGAAGAACACAGGAACUCACACAUGCUGUUUACUUUACACAUAUACCAGUAUCGCAUGGAAAAGACAGGAAAAGGAGGGAUGUCAGGAGGUCGCAGUCGCCUCCACCUGCUGGACCUGGGAAGCUGUGAUGUCAAAGUACUUGGAGGAGGAGGAGGAGGGGGAGGAGGAGGUGGGAAGAGCAAGGAAAACUCUUCACCCAGCGCGGCCCCACUGUGCCUUUCUUUAUCCGCCCUCGGCAACGUGAUCCUGGCCCUGGUCAAUGGGAGCAAACACAUCCCAUACAAGGACAGCAAGCUGACCAUGUUGCUAAGGGAGUCGCUAGGCAACAUGAACUGCCGGACCACCAUGAUUGCUCACAUCUCUGCCUCACCCAGAGAUUUCUCAGAAACCCUUUCUACCAUCCAGAUUGCUUCCCGCGUCCUCCGCAUGAAAAAGAAGAAAACUAAAGUCACCGUGCAAUACACCUCUAGCUCCUCUGGAGGAGAGAGUUCCUGUGAAGAGGGCCGCAUGCGUCGCCCGACCCAUCUACGUCCUUUCCAUCACCGCGGUGACACCGACUCUGACCUUCCAUUGCUGCGACUGUCCAGUGACCCCGACGAGUAUUCGAGUAGUGAACAGUCAUGUGACACGGUGAUCUAUGUGGGCCCAAAUGGGGCUGCUGUGUCAGACAGAGAGUUGACAGACAACGAGGGACCACCAGAAUUCGUACCAAUUAUUCCUGCUUUGCUUCGAGGAAAAACGUCAGAGCAGCAUCAGACACAAAGUCAAAGUCAGGCAGCUGGAGCCCAGAACAAGGUAAUUAAGGUGCAGUCUCAGGCAGAGGACCAACCCAGUGGCCCCUCUCAGCCUCUAGCCCAGCCCUCUCAGUCACUACUUGGGCAGCCUUUGGCCCCUGUGCCAGAGGAAGGAGCUGAGUGCCUGAAAUGCAACACCUUUGCUGAGCUGCAGGAGAGACUGGACUGCAUUGAUGGCAGCGAGGAGGUGGCAAAGUUUCCCUUUGAAGAGGUUCCAGCGAGCAAACAAGGUGCCAAACAAGAGUCGUGUCUGUCCUCAGCUGUCCCAACCUCAGCUCCUGCUGCUCCUUGUGGUGCUGCUGUGUUGGACACAGAAGCCAAAACAGGCCCUGAAAGUGCCAUAGGAGGUGCCACACAGUCCGGCUCAGCAGCAGCAGCCUCCAGGAGGAGGACCAAUGACCAGCAGCUGCAGGACAUCAAGGAGGUGGUGGAGGAGGCAGAGCUGGCACAGACAAUGAUCCACAGCCUGGCUCAGAGUUCUGGUUCCUCCAUAGUUACCAGUGCCAGGAGUGUGACGGGAAGCAGCAGCAUCACUUCUAACCCCCUGCACAGGGCCAAGGGCUCCCACCUACAUGACAGCCGCGAGAAUCUGAAUGUGGGCAGUAACGGUGAUGGGAAAGCACGGCCACUAGGAUCACCACGCCUUGGCAUCGCCAGCCUGACCAAAACCUCAGACUAUAGGCCUCCAUCCUCCCCAUCCCAGCGGUGUAAAGUGUACACCCAGAAGGGCGUGAUGCCGGCAACGCCCCCUCUGUCCUCCCACACUCUGGCUCAGGAUGGCCAGGCUACUGAAGCUCUGACCUCUGACAACAGUUUGGCUGCAGACAGUGGCCGUUCCUCCACAGAGUCCCUGCUGUCCAGGACUUCUCCUGUGGGCAUGAGCCCACAAGUCCGAGAGCCAACUCCAUCUCUGUCUGCCAGCUUGGGCUCAGCUGAGACACUCUGUGAUGAUGAUGUCCCACCGAUUCCCAUGGACAUGCACAAGGAUGCCUCAGGACUGGCAGUAUCUGUAGGAUUAGUUGGACCUCUCUCGCUUGGGGAGAAUGAACUGCUGCACACAGUGGCUCCCGGAGGCGAGGAGGACCUUGAUAUUUCCGCUCUCAUGGAGACUCGGGGCCUGAUCUGUCGUCCGACAAGCAUCAUCAGCUUCAACAGCCAAUGUGGUUCUGUCACCGCCCUCCCUUCAGGCUCUCAACCCAUCACUGUCAUCAGUGGUGCAGUUGAGGAUGGAGCUGUGGAGGAUUAUUACAUGCCUGCAGGUCUGCCAGCAACCCCUGGGGUUACAGAGGUUGUUGCCAUGGCAGAGGUGGCAAUGGCCAAGCUGCGGAUAGAAGGUGAAGCCUUAGCGGUGAUGUCUAACUGUGGUUCACCCAUCUCUUCCUGGAUGAGUGAUCUGAGCAUGGGCAGUGAAGCUGACCAGUCUCUCCACAGCUUCAGCCAGUCCCAGAGCCAGCAAGGGGAGGCCUUAGCUGAUCCCGAACCCAACCAAAGCUUUGGAGUCGAUUCUGAAAGCUGUGGCAGCCUGAGAAGAGGGAGCCUGGAAGGAGAGGUGGUGUUGCAAGAGAACGGGAGUGAUAAAGGAACCCCAACCAAAGACAGGCUGAGGAAACUGCCUCCCUCCAUGGCUAAAACUAACAUUCAAAUUCUGGCAGGACCUGGUAACCUCUCCCCUUUCAAGACUACAAUAAGCAUUCACCCAUGUGUGGCUGUUAAACCCGUGGUGAUCCAGGAACCAAACAUCGUCUCCUCACCCACCAAGACUGGCUUAAUGAAAGAUACAGGCAAACUGAAUGCACCACUUUUAGCCUCUCUUUCCAGUGAGAUGAGGUUUGAAGACCCCUGGUUGAAGCGUGGCAUGGAGGAAGGGAGGUCGAGGGAGUUUGCGUGUGAAGCAAAGCCAGAGAAAAGAGAGCUAGACUAUUCAAAGACUCACACUGGAGCUGGGACUGGAGACCACCGGAGCCUCUGCAGGGAUGGUGUGGAUCAUGGCAGCUCCAGUUCAGGUGGUGAGGUUGUGUCAUCUCCAGAUUCCUUUAAGAGGGUCGUGGAUGGUUGUGAGAUGGUCACUGUUGUUGCCCAGGGAGAGUGUCUGAUGAGUAUGUACAGUCCAGAUAUCCACCGUACUGCCAGUCUUCCCCGAGGCUGGCACCGUCUUAACCGACACGACGGCUUAGAUAAUGGAAUCGAGUACCGCAAUCUUGGCGUCACCACUUCAACUCCCUGCAGUCCACGCGCUACACUUGACCGCCGGGGAUCAACUGGAAAACAGAGCUUUUUCUCACACAAAAAGGGGGGGAUCCCACCUCUGCCACCGGUACGGAAGUCCAGCCUUGACCAGCGCAACAGGGCAGCCAGCCCUCUCCACCAAUCCAGUCAUGGAGUCUCCCUGAUGGGCAGCUCAGCAGACGAUGCAGGAAUGUCUGGAUGCGGCCCCGUAGGUGUCACCAGACAACGAGGCUCCAGCAUAGACAGCAGUAGACUUUUCAGCGCCAAGCUGGAGCAGCUUGCAAACAGAACCAACUCUCUGGGUCGGGCACACAGCUCCCACGGUGGCUCCCAUCACUAUGACUGCUUCUCCCUGGAGAGAGGGGAGACCCUGAGAGGGGGAGGAGGAGUGAGGGGGGACAGCACCAUGCCUCGUACUGGGCGCAGUCUGACCCGUGCUGGAUCACUGUCUUCUCCUACUGCAAACACGACCAGCCCAAGUUUCAGUGGUAGUCCUGGUCCGAGCAGCGCUCCACAGUCACCAGCCAAAACCAGCAGCCAGUCAAAGAUCUCAGCAGUCAGUAAGCUGCUGAUGACCAGCAGUCCCAAAGCCAGGAGUCUGUCUGCCUCUAGCACCAAGACUCUGAGUUUCUCUACCAAGUCUUUAAGCCAAACUGCAAGCCGCAGUUCCAGCCUUCCUCCUAAUGGAAAACCCCAGAGCUCAGUCCAGGGCCCUCUGCAGCAGCAGGGACCUUCCCCUGGAUCCUGGUCUACCCAGUCUCUGAGCCGCAGUCGAGGGGGAAGCCUGGCAGCCAAGCUGCCUCUACGGGCUGUCAACGGUCGAAUCUCGGAGCUCCUCCAGGGAAGUGCAGGCUCCCGUUCCAGGAGUCAUGCCCAAGGAGGAGGUGCAGAUCCUGGGGAGGAAAGAGGAGCUGGUGGGGCAAGUGGAGCAGGAGCAGGAGCAGGAGCAGGAGCUGGAGCAGGAGCUGGAGCUGGAGGUGGCGGGGGUGGCCUGGGAGAGGAGAGAGCAGCAGUGGUCCAAACACUACCUUCUCCCUACAGCAAGAUCACAGCUCCCAGAAAACCACACCGAUGCAGCAGUGGCCAUGCCAGUGACAACAGCAGUGUACUGAGUGGCGAGCUCCCCCCUGCAAUGGGGAAGACAGCCCUGUUUUACCACAGCGGAGGCAGUAGUGGCUACGAGAGCAUGCUGAGAGACAGCAGCGAGAACACAGGAAGUACCUCCUCUGCUCAGGACUCUCUUAGUGAACACAGCACAGCCACCACCUCCUCCAGACGGAGCUCCAAGAGCAGCAAGAAGAGCAGGAGCAACACAGGCCUCCAGCGUCGUCGUCUGAUCCCAGCACUGACCCUGGACUCUUCCUCCUCCUCACCCUCUCACCGCUCCUCCAAACAGGCCAUCACUUCCUCCUCUUCCUCCUCCUCCAGUCCAGGUGCCUGCUGGGUAGAUGGCCCACUGGGUCCCCCGGCCCCCUCAAACCUCCGAGGUGCAACUUCGACAACAGAAACCUUUGAGAUCAAGGUGUACGAGAUAGAUGACGUCGAGCGACUGCAGAAGAGGAGAGACAAAGGAGGGAGCAAGGAGGUGGUGUACGUCAGUGCCAAGCUUCGCCUGUUGGAGCACCGCCAGCAGCGAAUCAGCGAGGUCAGAGCUAAGUACCAGUGUCUGAAGAAAGAACUGGAACAAACCAAACAGUACCUGAUGCUGGAGCCACACAAAUGGACCACUGAGUUUGAGCUACAGCAGGUCUAUGAAGUGGACUCACUGGAGUAUUUGGAAGCUCUGGAGACAGUGACAGACAAACUGGAGACCAGAGUCAACUUCUGCAAAGCCCAUCUCAUGAUGAUCACUUGCUUCGAUGUGUCCUCAAGACAUCGGUAGACGGAGGGAGGGAAGGAAAGCAGGACGACGGAGAGGUAGACACACAGCUGAACUCUAUUAGAUAUUGACUAAUCAAACACUUUUAGAAAAUAUCUCUUAAAUAAAUACAUCUCAUCGGAUGACUGGAUAGAUGGGAGGAGGCUACAGGGAUGAACUGUCCACUUGAUUAAUCAUGUCAGUCAUUCUUAUGCCUCCAUAUGUAAGUCGGCAGAAGGCCAGAUGGAGGGUUAAAAGGAGCAGAGAUAUAUAGAGAUAUCUAACAGGCCAACAGACAGACGAGCUUGUGGAUUUUUGCACUGGGGGCUUGUAAACAACCUCAGAAACAGCCACUGAACAGCAUCUACUGGACAGGCUUCUUUGAAUCAGAUAAAUAUGGCUGCCCAGAGGGGGCAGACAGAUGGUUGCGGGUCUGAAAGGAAACAUCAAAACGUGAUCAAGUGACCACAUUUUCCCAGAGAACUGAAUAAUUGGACCGCUGAGAAACCUCUUAGACCCAGUCGAACAUUUAGGAAUGUAUGGAGAGGAGAGGAGGGGAGAGAGGAACAAAAGCUGCCAUUUUUUAAAAAACAGAGAUGGAUGAGAGAGAGGUGAAGGAGAAGAGAAGAAUAAUUUCUCAUCUCCCAACAUUUUGGAGGAGCACUUUUUAGAGUACACGCAGCUGAGAGCCAUUGCCUGUAAAUACAGAGUGCUGACUACAGAAUGGCCUGGUAUUGUUGUGCAGUUGAUGAAAGAGACUGACCAAGAGAGAGACAGGAAGACAAAGAAAAUGAUUUAGAUAAGUGCCUUGUGAACAUUCAACGAUACCAAGACCAGUUCUCUUUCUCUCUGAAUUUGUGUACAUGCAGUAAAUAUGGUGCUAGCAUAGAAGAAAAACCACAAAAGACCAGUGUCCUUGGAAAAUCUUAUAGCCAUUAUUAAAUGUGAUGUUUUACUGUGGGUCAGUGUUUCACUAUCUUAUAAGCAAACUAAUACUGUAUGUUUGUUUGGUCCACUGAUGAGAGGUGAGACUAAAUUUAAACUGUUUGGAUCCCUAAUGAAAAAAAAAAAUUUCAAAGAAAACCUACAGAACACGAAGACCAACAAGUCCUUGUCAACACAACAAAACUGUUACAAGGACCAAAAACUGAAUUUAAAAAGCAUACAUGAUUUUUCCAGGACACAGAGUAAUGUGUGUUUAAACAUAGAAAAAAAAGAAAAAAAGAAAAACAUUAAAGCUUGUGGUGGUGUUUUUUCCUUGACUCACAAACACAAUACAUCUGAAUUUUGACCCUCUGGGGCAUACGUACCAUAUAUUCCCCCCCGAUACAGUGAUGGCUUUUUCAUGUUCACAAAGCAAUGACACGUCUGAGUCACACAGGAAUGGAAAUGAAAAAUGCUUUUCUCUGACCCGGUGUUAAGUACAUCCAUUGACUGACUGACUGACUGUCUGAGUGACAGGCGGACUGUCUGUUAUUUGUAUCUGUGUUGUUCUGCUCUAUUCUAAAAGAAACUGAAUGAUUCGUCAAUGUGUGUGUUUUAUAAUAAGGUAUCCUUUUUUAUUUGAGUGCAAUGGGACCAUGUAGAGACUAUGUAUGAGAGUAGGAUAAUGGAAAUAGGUAUAAAGAGAUAUUUAAGAGGAAAUUAUGAGGAAGCAACAGGUGCAGGAAAAGCCCAUUGAUAUUCAGUGUUACAAUGACAUUUCUUUAAGGCCUGUAUCACUGGAACAAAGUAGUGAAAUUAGACUAGAAACACUUCCUUGAGACUACAAUUCUUGUUAGAAAUGACCCACUUUAAGAGUUCCAGUACUGUAUACAGACAUUGUAAAGGCACAACUAAAAAUAUAUCUAAAGGAAUGAAAUUAAAGAAAGAAAAGGAUUACGACCAAAUUAAGAGGCAUAGAUCUCUGCCUGGUUCCAUUUUUUUGGACAGAUAGCAACACUUAAAAUUUGUUAAUAUUAUUAUCUAUGGUGCUUGAGAUGUUAAUGAUCUAAAUGUUUGUACAAAUAUAAAUAUAUGAAAGAGCCUGUUUUUCCCUCUGAAAUACAGAACAAUACCCUUCAAAUGCUUCUUCUACAUCGCAGUCUAUUGUUGUCAACAUCCACCACCCUCUCCCUCUGAAUGCCCUUUGCCCGGGAAAGCAGAGAGCAUCCUGGGAGAUCCUGUUUGUAGUCUGAGAGGUAAAAGAGGGAACAGACUUCACAGGAGAGGAAACGCUGCGACGUCAGUAUGAUUUGUCAAAAGCUUCGUAGUGCUAAAUUUAUCUUUAUCUUAACACAACAAGUUCAGUUUUGAUUUUCCCACUGGUCUGACACAAAAACAGGAAAUAUCACUGAUUAUUUAAGGUUUUGAUCUUCUCGUGCCUGAAUAAAGAUGUAACAUUAAUUUCAUGCGGUGCACACCUGCAGUGACGGCCAUGAGAUAAUCUAGUGGGAAAUUAUCCCAGUAACUAAGAUGCUUUUACAGACUGGACCCACAAAGUGUUUGAAGUACUCCUGUGACAUCUCCACUUGUUCCCUUUUUUAUCUUCCAGUUCACUGUACAAGUCAUGAAUGAUUUUUUUUAUUUAUUCGAGCUCAGGAGAGCAGAGUCACCUAUAAAUGUUCUUAUUUAUUUUCACCUUAUGAUCUUAAAAAGUUACUAUGCAUUUAAGAAAAAGAAAAAUAACUGUACAUACCUUGCUGAGCCCAUGUCAUAUAUAAAUAUAUAUACUGUACACAUAUCAUAUAUGCACUCAUCUUUAUUUUAUAUAUUUUGUGUUGAUUUCAUUUGCUCCUGCUGUUCCUCUUGGGGAUUUUAAUGGGUUUGGGUUUCCUAAAACUUCCACGUCCGGGGAAAUUACAUGUUUCCAGCACAACAAGAAUUUCCAUCUAUUAAACAUUGAGCAGAACUUCAAAAUUAGGGUUAAUUUUUUACAUGUGAAGAAGAAAAUGUUUUAGCAUGAAAACAGCUGUGUUGUUUUAAGUGAAAUGCCAGUAUGUUUUACAGUAGUAACUACAGCCUUGUGUAAUUAGCGGCGGAUGUUUUGGGAACCCCAACCUCUGGGUGAGCUAAAUGGCCUGUACUUGUUUCCAGUUAUAAAAUGCUAUGUGUGAGGUUUCUUCUUCGAUGUGUCACUGCCAAAUGUACUAUGGUAGCGCUUUAUAAUUCUAGCAAUAACUGUUUUGGACUCUCAAAGGCAACCAUGUUAAAAGAGAUGCACUCAAAAAUAUUCAUGGUAUGUCAGGGUGUAAGAAAAAAAAAACUUAAACAAACAAACAAAUAAAACACACAGUCUACAAUGAACAAAUUGAUGUAUGUGCUGGUGGAUGUUUUGCAGGGACAUUCAAGAAUUAUAAUGUGUUAUCUGGAAAUCUGACACAUAGCAUCUUUUUAAGAGUACUGUGUGUUAAAGUCUGGGUCAGACCACAUUUCUCAAAAACAGACUCCAUCAGUAGCAGUAAGAGACACUUUUACUUCUGCUCAGUUAAUGGGAAAUCUCUACAGAGCUGAUUAAAACCAGUUUGUCUGUGUCUCCCAGGUUUACGACACAUGAUCAGUGCAAAUUAGCCAAUAUGGAAGUUACGAGAUUCUGGUGUCAUUGUGUGUGUGUUGAUUCAUGACUGUUCACUGUCCUCUGCAGAUUUACUGUUUUUUGAGAAAUGUGGUCUGAUAUGUUGUGCUGACGGAAGAACAAGAUGGAGGGAUGUAAAUAAAGGAAUGUAUUGAAA